CAGUGAUGUUUUUUUCGUUCUUUGUGGAAGUGGGUCAGCAGCGGGUCCGUGUCCGGGAUCGGGUUCGGGAUCGGGAUCGGGAGGGGGUCCUCGCCCCCUUGGACGGGGGGCCGGAGACGGAUUAUUCUCUGCGGGGCAACACCAACAAUUUCCCUUCGGUGAGUACUGAAGCCGGACCCAAGCGGGGAGGUCUGACGUUGUGUGACCUGCGGUGAGAGGUUUAUUGGAAGAAAAACCCCAACUGGAAGCAAACCAUGGCUGAAGAUGUGGGAAUAGCAACAAGUGAACUGGCCCGAGGACUGAGAGCAUCAACUGGAGAGAACAACACUGAAUCAGCUGACUUGAAGUUCCCACUGAGUCAGUGAGGAGGAAGUUUGUUAGACCUGCAGUGAGAGGUUUAUUGGAAGAAAAACCCCAAAUGGAAGCAAACCACGACUGAAGACGGGAACAGCAAUAAGUGAACCAGCCUGAGGACUGAGAACAUAAACUGGAGAGAACAACUCUGCCUCAGGAGAAUCGGAGAUUCCAUUGAUUCAGUCAGGAGAAAGUUUGGUUAAAAACGGGAAGGAAUUUGUCUCCAGGAAUCUCAAACACGGCACAACAGUUUUUUUGUCUCUGUCCAGAUAUUUAAGAAGUGGAGCAAGGGAUUCAAUCAACCAUCCUUCCUGCUCAGACUGUGGGGAGGGAUUCACUUGGUCAUUUCAACUGAAGGUACAUCAGCAAGUUCACACUGGGCAAGGCCAUUCAUCUGUUCUGUGUGUGAGAAAGGAUUCUGUCGGGCAUCCCACCUGUGGACACACCGGUCAGAUGACACUGGGCAGAGCUGGUCAUCUGCUGAAUUUUGGGGAAGGGAUUCUCUCGGUCAUCUGACCUAAUGGCACACCAACGUGUUCACACCAGGGAGCAGGCAUUCACCUGCACAGUCUGUGGGAAGGGAUUCACUGCGUCAUCCAACCUACAGAGACAUCAGCGAGUUCACACGGGGGAGAAGCCAUUCACCUGCACAGUCUGUGGGAAGGGAUUCACUCAGUCAUCCCACCUACAGAGUCAUCAGCGAGUUCACACUGGGGAGAAGCCGUUCAUUUGCUCAGUCUGUGGGAAGGGAUUCACUCAGUCAUCCCAACUACAGAGUCAUCAGCAAGUUCACACUGGGGAGAAGCCAUUCACCUGCUCAGUCUGUGGGAAGGGAUUCUCUCAGUCAUCCAACCUACAGAAUCAUCAGCGAGUUCACACUGGGGAGAAGCCGUUCACCUGUUCAGAAUGUGGGAUAGGAUUCACUCAGUCAUCCCAACUACUGGCACAUCAGUCAGUUCAUAAUGGGGAGUGGCCAUUCACCUGCUCAGUCUGUGGGAAGGGAUUCACUCAGUCAUCCCACCUACAGAGUCAUCAGCGAGUUCACACUAGAGAGAAGCCGUUCACCUGCUCAGUCUGUGGGAAGGGAUUCACUCAGUCAUCCCAACUACAGAAUCAUCAGCGACAUCACACUGAGGAGUGGCUGUUCACCUGCUCAGAAUGUGGGAAAAGAUUCACUCAGUCAUCCACCCUACUGAGUCAUCAGCGUGUUCACACUGGGGAGAAGCCGUUCACCUGCUCAGAAUGUGGGAAAAGAUUCACUCACUCAUCCACCCUACAGAGACACCAGCGAGUUCACACUGGGGAGAGGCCAUUCACCUGCUCAGUCUGUGGGAAGGGAUUCACUCGGUCAUCCAUCCUACAGAGUCAUCAGCGAGUUCACACUGGGGAGAAGCCGUUCACCUGCUCAGUCUGUGGGAAGGGAUUCACUCAUUUAUCCAGCCUACAGAGUCAUCAGCGAGUUCACACUGGGGAGAGGCCAUUAACCUGCUCAGACUGUGGGAAGAGUUUCACUCGGUCAUCCCAACUACUGGCACACCAGUCAGUUCAUACUGGGGAGAAGCCGUUCACCUGCUCAGUCUGUGGGAAGGGAUUCACUCAGUCAUCCAGCUUACAGAGUCAUCAGCGAUUUCACACUGGGGAGAGGCCGUUCAACUUAGACUGUGGGAUAGGAUUCACUCGGUCAUCACAACUACUGGCACACCAGUCUGUUCACAGUGGGGACUGGCCGUUGUUAUGAAUCCCUGGGUUUUGUUUGAUGUGGACUGUCAUUUUAAGAGAGAGAGACAGGGAUUAGGAUGCCGACUCAGUCUGACUUGCUGCUUGUUUUCAUUGCUCGCAGCUUGUUUAGUUUUAACCGAGGACACAGACACUCAGAGACAGACAGAGACAAAGGAGGAAAAAUGGAAGGAUCGAAACCAGGGAACUAGUGGCCAAGGGUCACUGUUUGAAACUUUCCUAUGCCCACAAGGACGGGUUAAUUAUCGAUUCACCGUACAUCGAAUGUGUGGUUGUCAUCUCAUUUGAUCCUUAAGAGUGGAUUGGAUUUGGCGCAUCCUGUGGAGACCACUUAUGUGUUAACCCUUGCCUGGCUGUGGUGUGGUAGUUCACGAAGACAAUACCCCUUGUGACAAGUCACUUUCGAUGAUAAUUUGUAUGUGGAUUUGGAACAAUGACGGAUAAAAUCUCCAGCAACUGUUCUCUCGUUUUACCACCGUGGAACCUGUGCAAUUCUACAUAUUUGACUUCUCUCGCCAUUUACCCUGGAUCAUAACUCACUCUCUCUCAUCGCCUAUUCUGUAGUUGAACUGAACUUUCAUACUUUACCAUCUCAAGACUGGAAGCCUUGUUUCCCCUGAGCUCAAUAGUUUGGGAGUAACAUUUACACACAUUUAUAAACUUAACACUGUUAACUUCUGUUUAUCUUGUUGAAGUUGCAAUUUUACAAGUAGAUUCUAAUAAAGACAGAUUUAACA